AUGGUCACAUUCAAGAAAACCGAGGUGGAGGAUAUUGAAAUGGGAAUGGAUAAUGCUGGAAAGAUUGCUAGUUUAUUGUUCUAUAGUGCUAAAAAUAGAAUAUUGACGACGUUGUCAGAUGAAGGGAGUGCAAAACGUAAUGAUGAGGCGAUGGUUAGAGUUAAAGCUCCGUUCGGGUCGGGUGCCACAAGCCGAUCACCUGCAGGUCACGUCGGAAAUAUUAGACUUUCGAUU